ACUAAUUUAUUUGUAUUGCAGAUAAAAUGCCUAGAAGAAAAGUGCGAUCGCACCGCAUUGUUCAAGGUACUCCAAACUCGGCGGAAACAAACAGCACUGAACAACAGACUGCUAUUGGAUCUUCGAAUGUUCCGGUUACACCUGAGGAACCUAUAGAAGAUCAAAAUGAAACUGGUGGGACUCGGAGAGUUCGCGGACGUACAGUACUGAGCGAUUUAUACGACCUAGAUCCAGUCGAGCGUGUCCAAGUAUCCAGUAAUAGCUUUGGUCAGCCUGUUGGAUCAGAAGCCCGCCUUUUAGCAGGAUACAUGGGCAUUCUAGCACGGAAUGCAAAUAUGUUGCCAAUUAACUUCGAGUCAUGGCAUAAAGUGCUCGAGAGUAACAAGAACCAAGCUCUCGAUAACAUUAAGGCGAGAUUUGCUCUAGAGGUCUCCGAUGCUUAUGUAAAGAAGGCAUUGGGAAAAAGAUGGAGAGGCCAUAAGAGCACUUUAAAGAAAGAAUAUUUUAAGACAAAAACAACACUCGACGAGAGAUUACAAAAUGUCCCGCCGGGAAUGCUGAGGUACCAGUGGGAAGAGGUCGUUAGAUUUUGGACUUCGAAGAAAGGAGAGGAUCGUGAAAAAGUUGGAAAACAAAGUAGGCAGCAACAAAAAUUCACUCACACAGCUGGGUCGAAAAGUUUUGCGUGUGUAGCUCAUGCAGAGGAACUGUCGUCCGGUCAAAAAGUUGGACGACUUCAACUUUUUGACAUUACACAUAGGAAGAAAGAUGGUAACCCUAUGACUCCUGAAGCUGCAGAAAUUAUGGAAAAAUUGAAGGAUAAAAAGGCAGAGUACGAAGCGAUUGCUUCCAGUGAUAGUUCUGUUCAUAUUUACGACAUUGAUAACCGGAUUAUCACUGAAGUUUUGGGUCCUGAAAGGUAUGGUCGGGUUCGAUUUCAAGGAUCUUUUGUUAACCAAUCCCAAUAUUUUGGAUCUAGCUCGCAACAAUAUAUGCCUUCGGGGAGUCGAGCUGAAGCUGAAGUUCAGAGGUUAAGAGACCAGAUGGCUCAGAUGCAAGCGACAACAGCUGAGCAAAUUACACAACUUAAAGCGGAGGCAACAUCGAGAGAAGCUGAUGUUCAAAGAAGAUAUGAAGAACUCCAGCUACAACUUAAAGUGAUGCAAAGAAUGAGAGAAGUCGAGGUUCAACGAAAGUAUGAAGAAGCAAUGGCAAGAGCUUAG